UUUUAUUUUUAUUUUUAUUUUUAUUUUUAUUUUUAUUUUUUUUAAUAAUAAUAUUACCCUUCCUCUUCCUCCUCCCCCCCUUUUUUUUUAAGGAAAAAAAAAUGACAAUGACAACAAACAAUGAUUGGUUUUAUAUUCGAUCUACCUCCUACUUUAUCUGAUUAUGAACUUUGGUGUUGGAAAGGACAAUUUUUAUGUAAUAAAGCAAAUGGUUAUGUAUUAGAUAUUCGUAAAGGUCGAUUACGAUUAAUUGAAGAUACAGAAAUUUGCUUAUAUCAUGCAAAACCUUUAGAGGAAGCACAUAAUCAAUUAUGGUCAGUCAGAGAAGAUCCAGUAGAUGUUUAUGGAAGACCUCUUCCAGGAGUUUAUAUUUAUUCACUUUAUAGUAAUGAAUGGGUACUGGAAAUACAACAAUCUUCAUCAGAGAAAUAUCAAAAAUUAGUUUUAUUUCCUUUACAACCUAUUGAUAAUGAAAAUCAACGUUGGUUAUUUGUACCUGAAGGCCAAUUAGACUUAAAUAUACCCAUUCAAGAUAUCUUAUCCUUGACUACUCGAAAAAAUUCUUCUUCCUCUAUUCAUGAAUGCAUCCUCACUCCUCCUGCUUCUCUUUCUCCUUCAUCUAGUUAUCCUACACCUACUAGUGAAUAUGAAUAUCCUCAAGGUCUUUCACCUGCAAAACGUGGCUCUCACCCUUCUAUUUUCUCUAUGGAUACCUUUAAAGAAUAUCAUCAACGUAUUUAUACAUUACAAAAGCAGCAAAAUAUUAGUGAUAAAGGUAUUGCUAUGGCUGCUGCUUAUCAUAUCUUUCAAAAUUGGAAAUUAGAUCAACUUGAUCAUGAUCUUAUAUCAGAUUUUCCUUUGUUAACUUCACCCUUUGAAAUUCGUUCUCGAUUUCAAACGUUAGUACAAAAAGAAGUGCAUAAAUUAUUAUCAAAUUCAAAUACAAAUCAUCUCGAAAAUACUUCUUCCCUUUCAACUCGCUUUAUCAUUCAAUUGUAUGAUCAAACGCCUAUUUCACCUUAACACACACACACACAACUAUCCUUUUUUUUUUUUUUUUUUUUUUGUAUAUAUGCAUUUAUUAAUUAUACAUACAUACAUACAUACACACACACACAUACUUUCCUUCUUUGAACAAACUUUCACUUUUGAUCUUUGUAUUUUAAGUUCUUUUCUAUGAUGUACAACACACUUAU